AUGCUCCAGAAAUGCAAGCCUACCACACAUCGCAAAAUCAAAAAUAAAACAAAAACAUCCGAGGUGACGGUCCCGGCCUACUUCAACGACUCGCAGCAUCAGGCGACUAAAGAUGCUGGAGCUAUUGCUGGUUUGAACGUGCUGCGUAUCAUUAAUGAGCCGACGGCUGCUGCGAUCGCCUAUGGGCUCGACGAGAAAGGAGGCGAGAACAACGUGCUGAUCUUCGAUCUCGGAGGCGGCACGUUCGACGUCUCACUGCUAACUAUUGAAGACGGGAUCUUUGAGGUCAAGGCGACGGCGGGUGACACGCACUUGGGCGGUGGGGACUUCGACAACCGUAUGGUCGAGUUCUUCGUGACCGAGGUCAAGCCUCUGCAUCGUCUUCGUACGGCGUGCGAACGCACCAAGCGGACGCUGUCCACUUCGGCGCAGGCGUACAUCGAGAUCGACUCGCUGUUUGACGGCGUGGACUUCAACUCGACCAUCACGCGCGCGCGGUUCGAAGACUUGUGCAGCGAUUAUUUCCGCAAGACCAUGGAUCCUGUUGCGCAGGUUUUACGAGACUCUAAACUGUCCAAGAACCAGGGGAACGAGAUCGUCCUGGUCGGAGGCUCGACGCGCAUCCCGAAGGUGCAGCAGUUGCUGAAGGAUUUCUUCAACGGGAAGGAGCUGUUCAAGUCCGUCAACCCGGACGAAGCCGUCGCGUACGGCGCCACCGUGCAGGCUGCGAUUCUGAGUGGCAACGAGUCGUCUUCGAAGCUGCAGGACCUGUUGCUACUGGACGUCGCGCCGUUGUCGCUGGGCCUGGAGACAGCCGGUAGCGUCAUGACUAAGCUCAUCUUCGUCAGCAGCCACUCCGAGUGCCUUAAACUUCAGCAUUUGCGAGCUGUGGACAUAAUUCUUAAAUGA